UCCAGCGGCAUCUACGCCUUUCCAUUGUGCACCCCCUCCCCUUCUAGUCACACAUUCACACUGUAACUCCAUCUGUAGAUUACAGGUAAUAUCAUCGUCGAAAAAGGACCUUACAUCAAAGAAAAGGGAAGAAAGAAAUAAGGCAAGCAAUGCUAUCUUCUGACAAUAUCUCAUUCAGUUUGAGAGCGCAGCAGGAUGAAUUUAAUCUUCUCAAGAUUCUUGGCAUACUUUUACUUCGGAUUCCAAGUUAUUCUACAGUUCUUCAUCGACCCUUGUCACCCCCAUCCCCAGCCGUGCCACAUUCUGGCGCAGAUAGGACACACCGUGCGCCUUGGUGCCCUUCUGCCAACCCGCCAGCCGGCCAGAGUGCAGGCUGCCCUGAACCGCGCCCUCACCGGUCUCGUUCAAACGGGGGACAACUUUCUUCCUUACAACCUGAGCCUGGAAGUGGUUCCUCGAGAGCCGGCCAACGGAGACCCGGAGUCCCUUUUCAGGUGUGUUUGUCAGGCUAUCGUUGUUCAGGGGGUCUCCGCUGUUCUCGCCUUCCCCCAGACCCAGGAAGAGAUCGUACAAGUGGAAUUUAUGGCUUCUUUUUUGGAAAUCCCUUUUAUAAGCAUCAUUGAACACGGAGAGCCUCUGAAAACACAGAACCGCUUCCACUUGCAGAUGGUUACGAGGAUCCCCCCGUCAGGCCUAACAGAGCUGCUGCUGACCAUCCUCCAGCGGAGCGGCUGGCAGGAGGGCAUGGCUGUGCUGUGCCAGGGCUGGGAGGAGGCUGGCCUGCUGGAACUACUGGAUCUCCAGAGCCGCCUUGGCUGGGGGGCCACCCGCUGGCACCUCCGAGCCCUCCUCAACCUCACCCGGGCCGGACCCACAGAAUCUGAAAUCCAGGACUUCCUUUCGGAACACUUCCGGGGGCAAGGCCCAAGUCAGAUCCCGCCGCCGGCCGCGGUGCUGCUGUUCGGGGCCGACCCGGAGUGUGCAGCGGCGGUGCUGCGGAGCGCCCAGGACUUGGGGCUGACGCUGCCCACAGUGCACUGGGUGCUGGGCUACCCGCUGAGCCCCGACGCCCUGCACUCAAUCGGCCUGCCCCUGGGGCUGCUAGCCUACGGUGAGGUGGAGCGCAAGCCGCUGGACUUCUACAUCCGCGAUGCGCUGCAGCUGGUGGGCCGGGCGGUGGCAGCGGCUACAGUGGUGCGUCCUGACCUGGCGCUCAUCCAGAACAUGGUCAACUGCUACGACAAGCCCAACAAGCACGAGGUGCCCUCGUCUGGACAGUACCUCGCCAGAUUCCUGUCUAACACAUCGUUCUCAGGGCUGACGGGGCCGGUGUCGGUGCAGAGGAACCUGUCCCGGGUUCUCACCUCUCAGCGCUUCCACAUCUGGAGCCUGCGGCGGGAUGCGGUGGGCCAGCCCACCUGGGUGACGGUGGGCAGCUGGGAGGGGGGCCGCCUGAAGGUGGAGGACCAGGGCCUCUGGCAGGGGCCCAAUGGCAAGGGCCAUGGCCUGGGGGAGGGGGGCGGGGGCCGGUGGCAGGCAGGCAUGCCUGUGGCAGACAGCCGGGUGCGGGUAGUUACCCUGGUGGAGCACCCCUUUGUAUUCACGCGGGAAGUGGAUGAGGACGGGAACUGCCCGGCCGGACAGUACUGCCUGGAUGCAGGGACGAACAGCUCGGACAUGCUGGAGCGCUACUUCAGCGAGCGCGCCUCGGGAAACUCUACCUUCCUGCCCACGGACCACAGCAAGUGUUGCUAUGGAUACUGCAUUGACCUGCUGGAGAAACUGGCCGAGGACUUGCGCUUCGAGUACGACCUGUACAUCGUGGGUGACGGGAAGUAUGGCGCGUCGAAGAGCGGCCGCUGGACAGGGCUGGUGGGCGACCUGCUCAAUGGCGUGGCCGACAUGGCCGUCACCUCAUUCAGCAUUAACUCAGUGCGUAGCCGUGUCAUCGACUUCACCUCACCCUUCUUCUCCACCUCGCUGGGCAUCCUGGUGCGCAGCAAGGACACAGCGGCGCCCAUCGGCGCCUUCAUGUGGCCCCUUCACUGGUCCAUGUGGGUGGGCAUCUUUGUGGCACUGCACAUCACCGCCCUCUUCCUCACCCUCUAUGAGUGGAAAAGCCCUUUUGGCAUGACGCCACACGGACGCAACCGCCUGCGCGUCUUCUCCUACUCGUCGGCACUCAACCUGUGCUACGCCAUCCUGUUCGGCCGCACGGUCUCCAGCAAGACUCCCAAGUGCUGGACGGGUCGGUUUCUGAUGAACCUGUGGGCCAUCUUCUGCCUGCUGGUGCUGUCCAGCUAUACAGCCAACCUGGCCGCCGUCAUGGUCGGCGAGAAGACCUUCGAGGAGCUCUCGGGGAUCCACGACGCCAAGCUCCACCACCCGUCCCAUGGUUUCAGGUUUGGGACGGUGAGAGAGAGCAGUGCAGAGGAGUACAUGAAGAAGAGUUUCCCAGAGAUGCACGAGUACAUGAGGCGCUACAAUGAGCCCACCACACCUGAUGGAGUGUCCACCCUCAAGGUAGAUCCCCCUCAGCUUGAUGCCUUCAUCAUGGACAAGGCCCUGCUGGACUACGAGGUGUCCAUCGACGCAGACUGCAAGCUGCUCACCGUGGGCAAACCCUUCGCCAUCGAAGGCUAUGGAAUAGGCCUACCGCAGAACUCCCCUCUGACCAACAAUGUGUCAGAGUUCAUCAGUCGCUACAAGUCAGACGGCUACAUGGACAUGCUGCACGACAAGUGGUACAAGGUGGUGCCCUGUGGGAAGAGGGUUUUUGCCGUCACCGAGACUCUCCAGAUGGGCAUCCGUCACUUUUCAGGGCUGUUUGUGCUGCUGUGUGUGGGAGUGGCCACAUCGCUGCUCACCCUGGCUGGGGAGCACGCCUUCUACCACAUGGUCCUGCCCCGCAUCCGACGACGACAAAAGUACAAGUACUGGCUCCACACCAGCCAGAAAAUCCACCGAGCCCUGAACCAGACCUAUGAGGACGUGAAGAAGAAGCAGGGCACCAACACAGAGAAAAGCUGCAGCAUCCAGAAGAAUCAGCAGCCCCAGCCUCCCCCUGACCCCCCUCUCUCCGGGACAUCGGCCAAGUGGAACAACGAGAACAGCAGGGACGCCGCCGCUGCAGCCGCUAAGGACAACAAGCGCGUCCACUUCAACCUGGAGACCCUCAACAGCCGCCGCCUUCUAGCCCGGACCAUGGCCAAGCCUGAAGGGGGGAGAGGGGGGGAAGCUACCCCCGGGGCUAACCAGGCAACACGUGUCUGCGCGAAUGGAGGCUUCGGGACUUCCUUUGCCAGCCUGGUGCUCUCCCUCCCCUCCUCCUCUUCUUCAUCCAUCCCUUCUUCAUCUUCCUCCUCGGGCGUUCCUCCAAGGCCAGGGGAGCUACAAGAGCUACAGGAGAAGAUCGACCUGAUCCGGGAUCAGCUAAGGAUGGCUCUGGCCAGGAGGGCUGAGCUGCAGACUUCUCUGGCCAAGGAGAAGGCCGCCUGCUCUGCACAUAUAGUGCCAGGAACGCCCCCCGUGGUUUUAGCUGCUGCAUCCCUCCCCACCUCCACCAAAACCACCUCGUCCCUCCCCUCCACCCGAUGUGCCACCACGACAGACCCUGUCCUCAAGGCCCUGCCCACAGUCUGCACAGCCCCUGCCAGACACACCAACGAGAAGAGGUGAUGUCCCCUAGUGUUUGGACACAGACCAACCAAUGUUGUAGUAAGGGGUUAAAAGGGGAGGGGUUUGUUGAAAGCAGCUGGAUUCCCUUGGUUUGGAUGUAUCCUCUUCCUUUGAGCCCGAUGCCGUAGCAUGGGAGCUCUUUCCCUGGACACCAACCUUUCAACAUUUUGCUACUGGGUGAUAGAUGAAAGAGCUUCCAGGGCACUGAGAAUUCCUUGUGCUCUCCGGUGCCCAACUGCCUCAUAUGGCUGGUAAAAUGUGUGUGCAACCUCAGGCCUACUUGAAUACAGUAUAUCGUACCAGCAUGCCCCCAUAACCGAGCCCCACUGGCGCUGCAUCUGUUCUGUGAACUGAGCCAUUGACUUUCUAGCGCUCUCUCUCCUCUGCCACAGGACCCAAAAUGGCUGCCACCCACCCGCAACCUUUUUCCAGCCUGUUGAUUUUAGUGGUGGGGCUCAUAAACGGUGUGGGGGUAACUGAAUUUUAUUAACGUGACAGCAACCUGAAACAAUCUGUGCUAUGUGGAGUCCACAGACUCUGCCGAGGAAUCAGGAGUGGUGUGUUUAUGUUUUGUUUAUUUCCUUUGAGAUCCAAAUCGAAUAUUGUUCACUGGCCUUGAUUAACAUGUUUUUCAAGAAUAAAGUCUGAUGGAAGUGUUGGUUGUGAAUAAGGUUGAAAUGUGAAUCCUUGUCAAGUGUACUUUGUGUGGUCUGUAUUUUUACCUUUCAGGUACUGAUGGGGAAAUUGGGGUGUUUAACCUCAUAGAAAUGCUGGAGUAUUUCAGUGAUAGAAUAACAGGUAGUAGGCCUGUUUAAUGUCUGGCAGUGUAUAGAGAGCAAUAGUACUGGCGUCUUUUUGUAGGCAUGGUUGGUUGAAAAAGCCUAUGGGAAAAUUGAGUUUUUGUAGGGUUUUUCCCUGGUAAACGCAGGCUUAGGAGAUCUUAUACGUUUUGUUCUAUGAGAAUCACUUUGUGAAUUUUUAAGAAUUUAUGCAAUCAAAAAGCACAUAAAAGGCUUCAUAAUCCAUAAAGGUCAUGUUGACUGACGGAUUAUCUCAGAACAAAACGUCAGAACAAAGAUCUAAGCCUGCGUUAACCUUAUUUUCUGCAUUUAUCACAACCUUAUUCUUUCCCCAUAGGAACAGCUGACUGAACCAGAGGCAACUCAUUACCGGUUUUUAGGACUACAAGCUGGCGAACUCUAUACACAUGAACUCUUUCUAAACAUGUAUUCACAUUUAAACAGGGUGUAAUUUCUCCUUUAUGAUAUAGGAUCCUUUUUGUCAAUCAGGGGUGUCCCCAUAAACAUGCUCCAAAUAUGGAUGUGACAUGACAUCCAUGUGACAGUAUUUGGAAUGUCAACGUACAAUACCCAGGAAGUUCCUAUU